UGUCUCCCAUGAUGCAUUGGGGCUAGAAAGUAACGUGAUGGUUGUUUGUAAGCAGAGCUGAGCUGGAUUUCUGGGCUGGGGCUGCCUUGAAUCGUAUCUGAGGGCCUGCUGGGAAAUUGUGGCCCUUAGGGGCCACAUAUAUGGUCCAUUAACCACUGUGGUGUAUUAUUAUGAAGUGCUGCUGGAUUGAGAGGCAUUUGGGAUACAGUUAGACAUUGGGGCCAAUGGGAUAGCCUUAAGCUUUUGAGGCUUACCUGGGAUGCAAUACUGAAUUAUAGGGUUUUUGGGGGGGCCCAUAUGGACUUCUACUAUUAGGGUCCCAGGUAUGAGGUCAGAGUAGGUCUGAGCUGUAGCUGUGAGGGCCAAUGGGAUAGCCUUAAGCUUUAUGAGGCUUGCCUGGGAUGCAAUACUGAAUUAUAGGGUUUUUGGGGGGGCCCAUAUGGACUUCUACUAUUAGGGUCCCAGGUAUGAGGUCAGAGUAGGUCUGAGCUGUAGCUGUGAGGGCCAAUGGGAUAGCCUUAAGCUUUAUGAGGCUUACCUGGGAUGCAAUAGUGAAUUAUAGGGAUUUUGGGGGGCCCAUAUGGACUUCUACUAUUAGGGUCCCAGGUAUGAGGUCAAGGUAAGCCUGAGCUGUAGCUGUGAGGGCCAAUGGGAUAGCCUUAAGCUUUAUGAGGCUUACCUGGGAUGCAAUACUGAAUUACAGGGUUUUUGGGGGGGCCCAUAUGGACUUGUACUAUUAGGGUCCCAGGUAUGAGGUCAAAGUAGGCCUGAGCUGUAGCUGUGAGGGCCCCUUGGUCACAAUGAGCCCGUCUAAACGGCAGAAAGCCCGGGCGGCUGUGGCCCUCCUCAUAGUCAACUACGUCCAAAAGAAGAGAAGGAUCAAGAGGAAGCGAGCGUGUUGGACCCAGGAGUGGCUGAAGGUCCGGGACGUGCUGCCCGAGGAGUCGCCGGCCGCGGAGAUCCCGGAGAACUACCCCGACGACUUCAGGAACUACCUGCAGAUGUCCGACGCCAGCUUCGAUUGGCUGCUGCGUGCCGUCACCCCCCUCAUCCAGAAGAAGGACACCUGCAUGAGAAAGUCCAUCUCGGCACACCAACGGCUGGUAGCCACGCUGCGCUUCCUGGCCACCGGCAGGUCUCUGGAGGAUCUCAAAUUCUCCACCGCCAUCUCUGCCCAGGCGCUGGGGGUCCUCAUCCCCGAGACCUGCUGCGCCAUCAUGCAGGUGCUGAGAGAGGAAUACCUGCAGCUUCCAAAAACACCCGAAGAGUGGAAACAAGUUUCCCAAGAAUUUGAGGAUUACUGGAACUUCCCAAACUGCGGAGGAGCAAUAGGGGGGAAACACGUGCACAUCAACCCUCCUGCUCACAGUGGUUCCUUCUACCUUAACUACAAAGGAUUCUUCAGCGUUGUCCUCCUGGCGAUAGUCAAUGCCAAAUACGAGUUCAUGAUGAUCGACGUUGGCAAAAACGGGAGGCUCUCGGACAGCGGUGUCAUUGAGCAAACCCGCUUUUACCGCGCCCUAAAGGAAAGCAAGUUAAACCUGCCGCCAGUAACAGAGACAACGAAGGGGCUUAAUUUUCACUUUGUGGCGGAUGAGGCCUUUACAUUACACGAGCACUUGCUGAAACCUUUUCCUCCACCGGUUUUAAGCAAAGACAGGACCGUUUUCAACUACAGGCUUUCAAGAGCAAGACACGUGGUUGAAAACGCCUUUGGUAUUCUGGCCAGCCGCUUUCGUAUCUUCCAUAUGCCCAUCAAUCUCUCGCCGGAGAAGAUUGGCAUUGUAGUAACGGCGUGUUGUGUGCUGCACAAUUUCCUCCGGCGCAACGACACCGAGGGCUAUGCACCCCUUAAUAUGCUGGACCGUGAGAACAUAGAUAACGGAACUUUUAUACCUGGUGAGUGGAGGUCUGAACGCCCGAGGCUCGUCCCACUGCAAAGCGUUGAGCCAGAAACCAUUGAAUCAGCUGCCGAGCGGAAUAGGGACAAGUACAUGGAGUAUUUUAAUGGCCCCGGGGCUGUGGAGUGGCAAGAUUUUAUAUUGUGAAACAAUGCUUGGCCGUCGGUGCCGGGCCACAGAGCUGUUGAACCGAGGUUGAAAUGUUCGACUGUUUGUCCUAGUGAAUCCUGCUUAGCUUCUAGCUCAUCUUUUGAUACCAAAAUCUUGACCAGAUUUUGUGCCUUCUUGAUAACAUACUCCCUGUGUGUCCAACUAUUUAUAUCACAUCAGUGGCUAAUGUGUAGUCUCUGAUGCCAACUUAUCACUUAGGGGUUCAUUUAUUGAAGGCCGAGGUCGGAGAUUUGUAUUUAAUAAUUUAAUAAAUGCAUGAUCUGUCAACGGAAGCUUUAUCUCUAUGGUUCAGAUCGACCCGGAUACCAUUGAAAUCAAUCAGUUUUUCCAUCAUGUCACCUGACUUCUCUGAAUGCUGGGAUUGGAGAAAACGCCUGCGAAUCUUCAGGGACACUUUCUUGAGAUGUCCUUGAUAUAAAGUCAUUUGAAAUCUUCAUUGAGAAUUUGUGGUCCAUCGAUUGACGCCAUGCAGGAUUAUUAAACACAACCGCACAAUGUUUGAUAAACGGGCCCCUUAAUAUUCCUUUCCAUUUCUGACUUCUCUGCAUGUUGCCAGUAGGGGUGCACCGAAUCCAAUAUCCUGUUUGGGAUUCAGCCUUUUUCAGCAAGAUUUGGUCGAAUCCAAGCGUCUCUCUGAUCCCAAUCCAAAUCUUUAAAAUCCCUUGACUUUUGGUUACAUGAUAGGGAUGCACCAAAUCCACUAUUUUUUGGAUUUGGCCGAAUCCUUUGUAAAAGAUUUGAUCAAAUAGAAUUUAAUGGUAUCAGGGUAGACCUGAGCCAUAGAGAUGAAGUUUCUGAUUGACCGACCAUUCAUAAAUCAAGUAGGGGUCCACCGAAUCCAAGAACCCGUUCGGGAUUCAGCCUUUUUAAACAAGAUUUGAAUAUGGCCGAAUCCAAGCAUCUGUCUGAUCCUAAUCUGAAUCUUUAAAAUCGUGUGACUUUUGGUUACGUUAUAGGGAUGCUCCGAAUCCACUAUUUUUGGAUUUGGCCAAACCCUGAAUCCUUCAUAAAAGAUUCAGCCGAAUACCGAACCAAAUUUAAUGGUGUCAGGGUAGAUCUGAGCCGUAGAGAUGAAGCUUCCGAUUGACCGACCAUUCAUAAAUCAAGGGAAAAAUGCAUUAGGCUUAUUAAAUGCAAAUCUCCGACCUCUGCCUUCGAUACGGAAGGGUUAAAGAGUGCACUUGGCGAAAAAUAUUCAACUGCCGUGUUUGUUUCAUAAAGUCACGUGGUUUUAAGGAUUCAGAUUCGCUGAACAAGGCUGAAUCCCAAACUGAAUCCUGGAUUCGGUGCAUCCCUAUUACAUGAACUCGGUCGUAAAAAUUUUUUUAACCACACGCUCUAUUUAACCCUUCUGUAGCCUAAUGUCUAUAUUCAAAUAAGGAUUUGGAUUCGGUUCAAUAUUCGCCAACCCACAGAAUUUCUUACACUUAAUAAUGGCCCAGUUUGGGGACAUUUCUGUAUCUGGCACCGGCACCAAAGUUCUACUAAACCUUAAGUUAUUCUUUUAUUUUUUUUUUGGAAUUUACUUUUUAGGCUGCUUUGAUGAUGUAUAGAGAGGGGCUUAUAUACUGCAUUUACAUCAGCCGCCUAUUCACUAAUGAAGAGGAACGCCCUAGAUCGCUUAGAGAAUUCCAUACAAAGCUGAUGUGGCAAUAAAGAGCCAAGAUUUAGAUCCAAA